AAGCUAAAUCCUUUCCUCUUCCUCUUCACAGUCACUUUCUCUGCAGCAUCUUUUCCAUCAUAUUUUAAGCUCGCUCGCGCAGAGCCCAAAAACGUCGCUACCAAUAGCCGCCAUUACCAGACCUUGCUUUUUCUCUAUUUGUGUCUCCCAUUACCCUAUAACUAACAAGAAGAGAGGACUGAGGAGAAAUGGUUAACUGGGUAUCUUUCCUUCUCUUUCCAGUCCUCCUUAUAUGUUUGAUUUUCGAGGGUUUUAGAGAAGUCUGUCGAACAUCUGUCAUGGCUGAAAAGGAAACAGAUUAUUCGCUGCAAAAGCCCCCUUCUGCAACUCAGGUCUUAGAGGAGCUAAAAGAGCUAUGGGGGAUGGCUUUGCCUAUAACAGGCAUGAACUGUCUCGUCUACAUUCGAGCCAUGGUUUCAGUCCUUUUCUUGGGCAGACUCGGAAGCUUAGAGCUUGCAGGUGGAGCUCUCUCAAUAGGCUUCACCAACAUCACUGGCUACUCUGUUUUGGUUGGUCUCACUUCAGGGCUGGAACCCGUUUGCAGCCAAGCGUAUGGAAGCAAGAACUGGGACUUAAUCUCUCUAUCCCUGCAAAGAACAGUGCUGAUUCUGUUGUUUGCUAGCAUACCCAUUAGCUUUUUAUGGCUGAACUUGGAAGCAAUCAUGGUUUCCAUGGGUCAGGACAGAGAAAUCACAGCAAUGGCUGCUACUUACUGUCUCUACUCUCUCCCGGACCUAUUGACGAACACAUUGUUGCAGCCAUUAAGAGUGUAUAUGAGGUCUCAGGGAGUGACGAAACCGUUGAUGUACUGUUCUUUAGUGGCGGUUCUGUUCCAUGUGCCUCUGAAUGUAGUAUUUGUGGUGGUUCUGAAGCUUGGUGUGCCAGGGGUGGCCAUGGCUUCUGUACUGACCAACCUGAAUAUGCUUUUGUUCAUGGCGGGCUACAUCUAUGUGUCUGGGGUAUGCCGAGUGAGAUGGACGGCUGGGAUUGCAGAGGUAUUUGGUGGGUUAGGCCCAUUGCUGGGACUGGCUGUGCCAAGUUGCUUGGGAAUCUGUUUGGAGUGGUGGUGGUAUGAGAUCAUGACUGUUCUUGCUGGAUAUUUGCCUAAUCCAAGAGUUGCUGUUGCCGCCACUGCUAUUUUGAUUCAGACCACUAGCCUUAUGUACACAGUUCCAAUGUCCUUGGCUGCUUGUGUCUCUACCAGGAUAGGGAACGAGCUGGGAGCAGGGAAGCCAUACAAGGCGAAGCUGGCAGCACUAGUGGCACUGGGCUGUGCCUUAAUAAUAGGACUUAUCAACGUAACAUGGACAGCCAUCUUGAGAGAAGGAUGGGCAAGCUUCUUCACAACAGACGAGCUGGUUCGUGUCCUUGUGGUUGCAGUCAUGCCCAUCAUGGGUCUCUGCGAGCUCGGAAACUGCCCCCAAACGACAGGCUGUGGCAUACUACGGGGCACGGCUAGGCCGGCGGUGGGUGCGAGGAUCAACCUUGGUUCUUUCUAUUGUAUAGGCACACCUGUGGCCAUUGGCCUUGCGUUUUGGCUCAAGCUUGGGUUUGGUGGGCUUUGGUAUGGCCUUUUGUCUGCACAAGCAGCUUGUGCUGUUUCAAUUCUGUUUGUGAUUUUGAUGAGAACAGAUUGGGAAGCUGAGGCCUUGCGGGCCAAGAAGCUCACUAACUUGGAACUGGCUGUCAAUGGGGUCACUGAUUUCUCAAUUACUACUGAUGAAGAGAAGAAAGGGUUCUUGACAAAAGAUGCUGACUUGGAUGAAGUUUUGUAAAAAAGAAAAAGAGAAAAAUAUUGAGAGAGAGAGAGC